AUGGAUUUUAAAAUUGAACACACUUGGGAUGGUUUUCCAGUGAAGCAUGAGCCAGUGCUAGUCAGGCUGAGUCCAGGUGACAGAGGAGUGAUGAUGGAAGUAAGUGCUCCAUUUUUCAAUGAUCCUCCAGCCCCACUUGGAGAACCAGGAAAGCCUUUCAAUGAACUAUGGGAUUAUGAAGUUACAAACACACAUAUUCCUGAUAUGAAGGAUGGUGAAGAAAAUAGCUCUAUCUUUCAAACAUUCAUGAAGAAUUUUAUUUUUGACAGCCAUGGACAGCAUUUGGUGCUUUUACUCUCUGGAAGAAGAAAUGUGUGGAAACAUGGACUUGCUUUAUCAUACAAAGUGUCCAGAAAACAGACAAAAUGGGAAGGAAAAGCAUAUCUUCCUUGGUGUUAUUUUCCACCAAAUGUCACAAAAUUCAAUUCAUUUGCAAUUCAUGGAUCAAAGGAUAAAAGAAGUUAUGAAGCUCUUUACCCUGUACCUCAGCAUGAACUGCAAGAAGGACAAAAACCUGAUUUCCAUCGUCUGGAAUACUUCAAGCCUUUUGAUUUUAACACACUGUUUGGAGAAGAAUGGAAACAGCCAAAAUCAGACCUGUGGUUAAUAGAAAAAAACUGA